AUGGAGGAUUCAGGCAUCCAGCGGGGCAUCUGGGAUGGAGAUGCCAAGGCUGUCCAGCAAUGUCUAACAGAUAUUUUUACCAGCGUUUACACCACCUGCGACAUCCCUGAGAAUGCUAUAUUCGGUCCCUGCAUCCUGAGCCAUACUUCCCUGUAUGACAGCAUAGCUUUCAUUGCGCUCAAGUCCACAGACAAGAGAACAGUCCCCUAUAUCUUCCGGGUAGACACCUCAGCAGCAAAUGGUUCUUCGGAAGGUCUCAUGUGGCUGCGUCUCGUCCAAUCAGCCAGAGAUAAAGAGGAACAGAACCUUGAAGCCUAUAUAAAAAACGGACAGCUGUUUUACCGCUCUCUCCGCAGGAUUGCCAAAGACGAGGAGUUACUAGUUUGGUACGGGAAAGAACUGACUGAGUUACUCUUGCUCUGCCCCUCUAGAUCCCACAGCAAAAUGAAUGGGUCGUCCCCUUACACAUGCCUGGAAUGCAGCCAACGUUUCCAGUUUGAGUUCCCCUAUGUGGCGCAUCUGCGCUUCCGCUGCCCCAAGAGACUUCACAGCGCUGAUGCCAGCCCCCAAGAAGAGCAAGGCGGCGGCGUGGGCACCAAGGAUCACGGGGGCGGGGGCGGUGGCAAAGACCAGCAGCCGCAGCAACAGGAAGCGCCCUUGGGCCCCGGCCCCAAGUUCGGCAAAGCCGGACCUAUCCACCACUACCCGGCCCCCUCCCCCGAGGGCAGUAACCAGCCCGCGGCAGGCGGCGGCGGCGGCGCCAAGCCCUCCACGGACUUUCACAACCUGGCCCGGGAGCUCGAAAACUCGGGGGGAGGCAACAGCUGCUCCCCCGUCCGGGGCCUCGGUAGCGGCGGCGGCGGCAGCGGCCACCAGGAGGCGGAGCUGAGUCCCGACGGCAACGCCACAGGCGGCGGCAAGGGGAAGAGGAAAUUCCCGGAGGAGGCGGCGGAGGGGGGCGGCGGCGUGGGGCUGGCGGGGGGCCGGGGCCGCUUCGCCGAGCGGCCCCUGACCGCCUCCAAGGAGGACUUGGUGUGCACCCCGCAGCAGUACCGCGCCUCGGGCAGCUACUUCAGCCUGGAAGAGAACGGCCGCCUCUUCGCGCCGCCCAGCCCCGAGACGGGCGAGGCCAAGCGCAGCGCCUUCGUGGAGGUGAAGAAGGCGGCCCGAGCGGCCGGUCUGCAGGAGGACGCGGCCGCCGACGGCGGGGGCGCGGCCGCCGAAGACCAGGACGCGGGCGGCGGCGGCGGCGGCGGCUCCUCCACGCCCGUGGCCGCUUCACCGGCAGGCGCCGACAAGCUGCUGGCCCCGCGCCUGGCCCGCAUCCUCCUAAAGCUUCGGCCCUCUGGGACUGUGAGGAGGGGGAAAUCAGUGUCGAGGUCAGAAAGGGGAGUACCAAAAGACCUGGAGCGGGCCUUUCUCCGUUUCUCUUGGCACUUGGAGAACCUCUGGCAGAGAGCUGGCCACCCAGCGCGCGCACGGACCCCGCGCGCCUUUCCCGAGUCUGAGUUUGGCGAAGGGGAGGAGGGUUACGGAUUAGCCCCGCGGGAUUCUCUGGCCACUGAGCCACCGCUGAUUUGCGCAGCUAGUUGCCCGGGGGUGAUAAAACGGCGCCAGCUCUCCCUUGGAGCGCUCACCGUACCAUGCCCUUCCGAGCAAGAUUCAGAAAGGAUGCGCUUUGGUGAGAACUUGGCUCUGUCUCCCCCCGGAUCCAGAGAUGGGGUGAGGAUGCUGGAGCGCGGACGCCACCAGAUCGCAGCAGGGGACUUACUGGGGUCUUCUGGUCCCAGAACUCGAGUAUCCGGGCCGGGGGAGAGGGGGUCCCAUGUUGGGGGCGGCCCGUGUUCUAAGACCUCGGAGGGGGGUAGUCAAAGUAAAAAUUAUUACCGAGAUGGGCUCCGGAGAGCAAUUCACGUGCAGCCGGUGGUGGAAGAGCGGAUGGAGUUGCCGCGGCCGUCUCGGGAGCCUCGUUUGUGCGCUAAGCCACUUAGAGGCGCUGGCUUGCCCCUUUAG